AGAAACAGACCGCGCGGAUGCGGCGCUUUCCCGGAUUGUAACGCACGUUCGUAAAUAUAAAGAGGAGUCUCGUGCCGCUGGAACUACAGUUUCAGACUGAACGGCGGUUAAAACGGAUAUCUCACUCAGUGUGUGGCCAUACGUUGUUUCUAUUUUUCCAAUGAAUCUCGCUGUUACUAGGUCUAGUACUACUGCUAGUGUUCGUGCCCGCUUGACCGCGACUAAGGAAAGAAGAUCAUAACACGAGUACAUUCUUGGAAAUGCCUGAACCUAUUUCAGAUAUGAAUCGGAACCAGGAGGUGGGAUACUUCGGAGAUUUCUACGGCAACGAGGAGCCGCUGGACAUCAAUGUGCGCAAUUUGGAGAACCUGUCGCUCAUGGACAACUUCAGCUCUGUGUCGACUCUGGCUGGGGCUGAAAACAACGAAAACCUAGCGUAUUUUCAGGAUAAUUUCGAUGCUGCCUGCGCCGCCCCCUUCCUCGAUGACCCUAAGGAGGGAAACAUCUCCAAAACAGUUCGCGUUCCCUCCUCGGAGCAUGUUGCGGAAAUUGUCGGAAGACAAGGUUGCAAGAUCAAAGACUUGCGUGCACGGACCAAUACGUACAUCAAGACUCCGAUGCGGACACAGUCUCCGGUGUUCGUGGUGACCGGCAAGGAGGAGGCCGUGCUGCACGUGAUGGAGGAGAUCAACAGCGCCGCCGAGCAUUUCACUCACAUCCGCGCCUCGCGGAACCACCACAAAGCUGGAGGCGGCCUCGAGUCUGCCAAGCCCGUGAGCCGUGAGGGCGACAUAGUGCAGUACGUUACUGUGCCUUACAGAGUGGUCGGUCUCGUUGUGGGUCUCAAGGGUCAGACGAUCAAGGCUAUCCAGCAGGACACGGACACCUUUAUCGUAACACCCAACCGCGACAAGGCCCCCAUUUUCGAGAUUCGCGGACAGCCCGAGAAUGUGGAGCGGGCCAAGAUGAUGAUCCUGAGGCACAUCGAAACGCGAACACGGCACUGCCGGCUUCAGGACACGACCAACUUACCCUCCAACUGGAACGACGAGCAGAGGUUUACCAACGGCAAUGACUAUCCCUACUACCAUGGUGACGUCUCCUCUCAGAUGGGCCCCGGGUCCAACAGCGGUCUACCUUCUGUCUCGAACAACUUCAACGGCAACAGCGGCAUGCUCUCCGGCACCCCAAUGCCCUCCCAACAAGGCCCUGGCUUCAGCAACACGUUCUCUGCCUCCAGCCCCACCUCCAGCAGCAGCUACAACAGCUGGAGAGGCUUCAACAGCCUGCUCGACCAGCACCCCCAACAGGCAGCCGGACACAUGGCCACCUGGAGCAACGCCACCUCAGACUACCCGAGCGCCCUGGGCUCCAGCUCGGUCGUGUCCAACGGAUCGAACAACCCGCUGUCAAGCGCUGUCCGGAGCAACAACAAUUUCCAGUACAGCAUAUCCACUGGGAGCAUAUCAUCCCCCUCAAACAGCACGGUGAGCGUGUCUCCGCCGAACGACUUCCUCAACGAUGGAACCUUCACCAAUCACCAGCUGCCCAGCCCCUAUGGCGGCGCGGCACCCAUGAACAAUCCCUUCUUGAAGCGGAUGAGCGAGCCGUCCGCGGCUGACAGCCCCUUCUCCAGCUUCCCUCUCCUCACCACAGCCCCGAGCACCUCCACCAAAGGCAGUCUGGUCUUGGGUAAUCUCUUCCAACCCAACAACAACGUCACGUCUGCACUGGGUAUUGGUUUGAUGAGUAGCAGCAACAAUGUGCUGUCCAACUCAGCUCUCAACGGCUUUCAGAGCCCAGGAAGCGACGAGCCUAACGCCACUAACUUGCCUGCACUCGGAGGAGGAGUCUCGUUCAGGAGAGGCAUGACCUCUACAGCUCCCGGCGAAGUCAGUGUCUUCCCUGGACCAAUGGGCGUGGAGAUGAAUCGGUUCCCCAGCGGCGAGUCCAGCCCGACCAGCAAGAUGAGCGACACGUCGGGUUCUCAAGGGUCUCCCGUGCCCAGAGUGUGCAAGGUAUGUGAAGAGGCAGAGGUGGUAGCGGCUCUAGUGCCCUGCGGCCACAACCUGUUCUGCAUGGAAUGUGCUGAGGGGAUCGUGAACAAGGCUUCCGAGGACGACCGCACGUGCCCAGUGUGCAAAGAUCCAGCAGCUGAUGUCUUGCGUAUCAGAGCAUAAACGUGUCAUUGUGUUUCUGCUAAAAUUGUUUUGGGAUGUGAUGUCCCAAAACCAACAAGAAGAAAAACCUACACCUAUUGUUGCGAGUAUAAGAAAUGGAGAGUAAAUUUGUUUCAAUAUUUUUUAACUUAAAUCACAGUGAAUACUUCCCUUUAUUGUAUCAUUGUCUUAUGGACAAGCUUAUAUAUAUAUAUAUAAAAGUGAUUAAGUUUAUCCCACAAAAAAGAGAACAAAGAGCUUUGUCUUUUAAAAAUUGUGACAUACUUUUAGGGACAUGCAUUCUUUAUCCAGUAUCUUAGAAAUCCAAAGUGAUGAAUAUAGUCAUUUGAUAUUUUAAACCACUUUUCUAUGUAUAACUGGUUUUCACUAAUAUGAUGCGAUGUCAUUUACUGUGGUAGGGAAACUAAUAUUUCAAUAUUAACUUUCAUUUCAUUUCAAAGCCCUUGAAUAUAACUACAUGACAGAUUUCAUUAAUGUGGGCUUCACAUUUGCCAUAUCCUCUUCUAGUCCCUCUGUUGUUUCACAUUUUGCUUUUAAGAACUGAGCUAAAUACGAGUAGUAAGUUGAUUGUCGUGGCAGGAUGGUACUGUCUUUGGCAUCCCAAAGUCCUCUACAGCAUACAUUAAUUGGUCAUUCCUACUCGCAUGACAUUCUUAUCACAUUCCCUUUUGAAUCUUAGUUGCAGUUAGCGAAGUCAGAUGCCCAGAAUUCAAAUUGUCAGACACAUUGAAGAAUUGCAGGAUGAACCUACUUGUGAAAUUUAUCUCCCUUUUUCACCUAGUUUAAAUGAUCAGGGUAUUUAAAAUCCAAACUGUGGACCAUGCCGUAUAUGUGUCCUAUUAUGAUUCGCAUUAUAAAUACAUACAACACGAGGAAAUCGGAAGGACUGUAGAAGAAUAAAAUGUUCAAAUGGAAAGGGAACGUGGACUUGAAGACGACAGCUCUUUGAUCAGCUGUGUGUACAGUAAAGAGUAAUGAGAAGAAACAGUAGCAAAGCCACGGCUAGGUAUUGAGCUAACCAGAUUCAUGUGGCAUCCGUAAGAAAGGCAAUGAUUUUCAAUUCAAUCUUUAUAUGAAACAUUUUGUUCUCUCAUACACUCAUCCAGUUUGGUGUCGUUGUAAAUCAGGGAAUGGAAUCAAUGCAGGCAUUUGUAAGGAAACAGACAAAUGCCAUCUUCUGCUGGAUCACAAAUCAUAAUUGAAUGGCAUCAACUGCUACAGACAACUUUGGAUUGCUGGAGGAAGUUUAAAAAUGAAAUGUUUUGGGGUAUUAGACGUUCAAAUACAAGUUGUUUAAAUUUGUUUAUUUUGAAAUAUGUUUUGAAGCAUUUGUUACUUAAGUGAAAUUUAUUUAUGUACUUAUAAACCACAAUUUUGAAGAAUGGAGAGGUAGCGUUUUUUGUAACAAGUGCUCAUUUUCAUGCGUUGGGAACACAGCACAAUUAUUGGUGGUAGCCUUACAGACUGCUGGCUGUCGAGUAUUUGGUUAUUAUGAGUUGUUGAAGGAAUAUGUUAUGACACUAAUAGUACGUCCAUUGUGGUAAACAGAGCCAGGUCUGUACAUUACUUCUGACAUGACGAUGAGGAUCAAAGUUUGUAAAUGUGGGUAUUGGUACUGCAAUGUAUUUAAAGCUUCAGAUUUUUGUAGCUGUAAUGAUUCGUGGAACUUGAGGAUCAGAUGAUGACUCUUCUUUACUUCGUGGGAUUUGAGUCCUAUGUUGUGAGGUCUUGCCUGUAAAAGUAUUUGUAGAAUAUACGGUAUUUAUAACUGUUAAAGAGUAUUGAAAGGUAAGAACUUGUCCAAAUAACUUAUGAGAUGAAAAUAUUUAGACUUAUAGAUUACAAAAUGUAAAUUCAUGAUGUGGAAACCUCGGUAAAUCUUGUUUUGCAAAUGAGUUGAUCCACUGUUCCAGAGAAAGUAUUUAGUUAAAUUCCCUUGUUUGAACUCUUUAUAAUAAAAGAUUGCCGAGCUAAAUUUGGAAGACUUGGGAAGAAAAUUUUAGUUUGUCUUCAUGUGAACUUGUUCUUUGUAUUACUGUUUCAUUCCAGUAUCUCACUCAGCCACAAAGCUGAGAAAUACCACAACCAAACUCAUGAAAUCAAAUCUGUUAUGCAAAUUUUAUAUUCGUAAAGUAUAUUUUUUAGUAAAUAAUUUCUAUGUUUUAAAAGAAAGAAAUUAUGUAUAACGAUAACUUCAUUUUUGCUCAUUGACGUUUAGCUGUUCUUGCUAUUUUCCUUCUACCUUUGCUUCUCCAGUUCAGGAGGAAAUACAGAGUGUGGGUUAAAUACCGGUAUUAAGUUUGGCAUAGGUAAUUAAUACAAGGGAUCAAACAUUGGCAACUGAGCUCUACAUUUAGAUAUCUCUGAUCUUAGUUUCCUUGUUUUGCACCAAAAUUACUGCAUAUAUUUAGUCUAUUUAUACAUAUACAUAUAUCAAUAUCUUUAUGAAUGUGUGGAUGUAAAUAUCUAUGUCUUAAGGAAGUAUGUGUAUUCAGAGAAUGUUAUUAAAAGAUCCUCCUCCCCACCCACCCAAAAAAGACUUUCACUGAAAAUCGAAAGUGUGUUGCUUGUUGACAAAAUGUGUCAAACAAUUUUUUUUCAACUCCAAGAAAUUAUUUUGCCAAGCUUAAAAUCAAUAAUAUUCUCACAGAAAAGUAAUUACUAGGAUUUUGUAUCCUCAAUGUAUAUUAUUGCUAUAUAUAUAUAUGAAUGCCAGUGUCAUUGCUUUGUAUUGCACUUAAAAUGUCUUACUGUUUUUUGGUCCAUGUUCAAGAGUGUAGACCAGAUUCAGGUCUCAUAUUUUGUGCACAUAUCUUGAAAUGAAUUGGCAUAAAUAGGUUUCCCUCUCUUUUCAACACAAUACAAAACCUUUGGUCAAUACCCCAUUUGUAAAGUCGCUGGCGUGGCUUUUCCGAUUGUAGUACUAGGAAGUGAACUAUAAUGAAAAAUAAAUCACCUCACGAAGUGGUAACCAUGGCUUAGUAGUAAUACAAGCGACACAUCGUGACUAAGUGAUGGAAUGAAUUUUCUAUUAACAACGUUCUUAAAGUUAUCCUUCAUAUGCUAUAGUUUUGGCUUGUCAAGUCCUUGAAACUGCCCUGAGGUACAUUUAAAGAAUAGUAUAUUUUCUGCUGGAUAGCGCUGUCUGGUAUUUGAUGCGUAAUACUCUAAUUCUAUAAUAAUUUACCCUAUUUUAUUUGUUGUUGAGAUCUGGCUAUAUGUGUUGUAUUCUAUUAUUAGAAAGGCCUUUUGUAUGGAUUCUUGUCACAUAAUAGCUUCCUGAUUGUUUAUGGUCAAAUGCAUGUCAUCAAGAAUAAAAAAGUGUUAUGUGAACACCCGAGAUGUAAUUAAGCUCAUUGAUUUUCUGUUCUCCUUGCUUUUUUUUAUUGUUUUUUUUUCCUUACCUUUAUUUCCAACUCAGCAGAAGAUCAAAACUAAUGUAUAUCUAUAGAUAUAUAUAUUAUAUAUAUAAUAUACCUAUAAUGUGUGUUGUAUGUGUCAAUAAUUUCCCCAAACUCUCUCAUUCUUUUUUUUAUUUUUACAUUUGUUACUUAGCUUUGUUUUGAGGACACCUGUAAAUAGUUUUCAUUAUCUUUGUAUUUAUUCAAGGUAUUCACGUGAGUCGAAGCUCCGACUCGAUACAUGAGUUGUUGUAUUUACUUUAUUCAAAUAUCCAACUCGAAUAUAAGAAACUGAAUAUCAAAUAUGAAAGAUGUUUAUUCAAAAAGUAUUAUAUUAUUGUAAUGAUUACUUAACAGAGUACUUUAUUUGUCAUCAAAGAUUAUUUUUUGUAACAAAUGAAUAUUGAAAGCAAUUUAAGUAACAACAUUCAACAAUGAUGAUGAUGAUGAUUUAUUUAUGUGUUGAGAUCUUCUUGUAAUGGUAUGAUGCGUAUGUAAAUGUUUAUAUGCUGCUACCAGUUUUGAAGACCAUGAAUAUUUAAUGUAUGUUCUAUGGUUAGAUAUGUGGUGUUGGAACUGUGGACAUAAAAACCUAAAACACAGUAGCAUUGUGCACUUUCUUCUCUACACUCAAAGUACAGUCCAAUAGAGAAAACACCACAAUUAGCUGCCUUUUUCAUUGUUGUUUAAAUAUACUAUAUAAAUAUACAUAUAUUAUAUAUAUAUGCAAAAUAUUGGCGUUAUCAUAUAAUGCUGUCACGUAAUCAUUUUUUUGUAUUAAACUGCAAUGUAGGUAAAGUCUUGGAAAUGGUUGAAGAGGGAAAAUUUCAGUUCAGUUUAUCACCAACCACAUCCCCUUCUAUGUUUAGUUUGAUCGUAUAGCUUCCCUAUCACUUUGUCAGUUUCAAUAAUGUAACAACUAAUAUCAAAGUCGCAUGGCAGUUUAUCACAUUUCAUGUUACAAGCAAGUAGCCUUUAUUUAAUGAGUACCUUAUUAAUUUGUUUUGUUGUCUUCCAAACUAUUCACCAGUCGUAUUUAAAUAAUAAUUAAGGAAGAAAGAAAAAAAAACAACAAUGCGAGUUUCUGAUUUGGAGCCGGAAUUGAGGUGAACGACUUGAGAAGUGGAACAUGCUUGUGAUAGAUUAGCUUUGCGAAAAGAGAACUGAUGAUGAGCUAUUCUGUUGUAGGGGUUUUGACACCAAAGGCUCUAUACGCUGAGCUGACCAUGACAAGGAUCCUUCUUCCUUUGUCUGUCAAGAGAUUGUACCUUGUCUGGCUGGAGACUUAUGUUAUGUCCCCGCCUGAAAGCGGCCCUCAUUUUUCGAGCCCCUUUCGAGAGCCGUGUAUUUAUGAGCCUGUUCUGAAGCAAACCCCCCCUGACUGGGAUGUGAUGUACAGCGGUGCCUGAAGAUGUUGUGAUGCUUGAUGAUGGUCCAACCAGAAGAUCAAAGUUGUGUUUUGUUGAACUGCUUGUCUUUUUUGAUAUAUUGCUUGAAUGUCUUUCAGUGAGUUUCAUACUUGAAUUAGAAAUUCGUAACGCCAUUCCUUAAUGCUACAUGUGUUGUGUUUAGUAUGUCAACGUUACCAAAACAGAAAUUGAUUGGUCGCGGUUUUGAUUUCAUUCAGUUUUGGAACCCAUCAGAAGUUGGUGAUUGUAUUUGUUUUUCUGUUAUUAUUUUUGCAUAAUUAAUUAAAUAUCCCUCGCUUUGCCCAGGGAACUGAUUACGUACAGCUCACUCACUGUAAAACAAGACAAAAUAAUGCUCGGCUUUCUGCCAGACCUUGAUUUACUAAAAUGACGUCGUCGGAGUGGGGUGUACAGGCAUAAUAAUUUAAAACUGUUAUACAUUUUUUAAGCCUGUGUCUGUCCACGGCUUUUGCCGUCAGGUCGAUAUUGAGAGUUUACUGAUGAAUGCAUUGUGUUGACUAUAGAACGUAUUCCACCACGUUUGGCCUCUCAUAUGUUGGGUGUAUAAUAUUGUUCCUACACCUGGCACUUGCCUCGAUAGGAUACUGUACUCCUAAGAUGCCGGCUGAAGUGAAAAAUGUAAUGGAGUAACUGUUGUACAAUGUUACAAUUUGCGUCAGGCCCAGAAAUUACAAAUUGGUACAAUUGCCAACGCUUACAAAGAAGUUGGAAAGAAGACGAUGGGCUUCACUCUAGCAGGGUUCUACGUGGCGUUGUAUCAUAUGGCGGCCGAGCAUCCCAACAGACACAUGUGCCAGCGUUUUGGGGAUAGACAAAGGCGAAAACAAUGAUCAUUGGUCAACCCCUGCCUUACCACUGCUGCUUGUUGUAGUAGUGAUGUUAAAACGUAAGCUGUUUUUCUCCCAUAUAAUUCAGGCGGCCUCCUACUGCUUUUCGUGGGGAAUUGUUUUGUCAGCACAAUUUUUGAGUAAAGCCCCCAUGAUUUUCUUUUUAAUCUCAAGAGCUUCCAUUUUCCUUUGACAACAGCCCCUUUCACAGUGUGUAGUACUGUUAUAAUCGUCACAAGAUGUGCUCUUUUCUUUCCCCGUAUAUUGUUGUAUGGCUAGUGUGAAAUCUAGUCCGUGCUUUUAGUUCAUGAGCAUUGAUGUCAGUUUUGUUUUUGCCUCAGAAAUGAGCUACACAGUACCCGCCAGUUUUGAUUUCUCUUACCUCUGGAUACAAUACAAUACUCAGUUUAGUAAUACUGUAUUUUAUUUCCUGUCCUGAGUUUACUUGUUAAUCUUUCACGAUUUUUCAUUGCCUUGUGAAAGUGAAUCCAACUGAGAUGUUUAUCUCGAAGCUUCCAGAUUUUAAAAUUUGAAACUCACGACAUUGGUCAGCUUUGGAGCCUCCUUGUUUCACUGAAGCGAGCAGUGAAUGGUUAGAGUGUGCCUGGUGGUAGUAGGCAAACAAUUUUUAUGUUUGAAAAUUUCUACUUACCAGAUUUUAACUUUUCAAAUAUCUUAAAGAGGACGGAAAACGAAUUCUGAGUAGGUUCUUCAUCUCAGUUGGCACCCACUUGUUUGUACAUUCAAUGGCUUUCGCAUUUCAAUGGUUACAUAAUGUGUCACAAGUGACGAAUAACUUUAUUUAAAAACCCUGGCCAAAGACAUGCAAAUCUGGCCGUUGGGUUGAAAAAAAAGAGAUAUAUUUGACAAACUUGUAAUGUUCAAAAGUUUUAUUUUUUGCAUUUAAAUAAAAAGUUGAUGUAAGUUGA